AUGUCGCUCAUUGGUCGGCAGAGGAAAUGGCGGCUUGGCCGGUCGGCGAACAGUGAUGGGGUGGGCGUAGCCAGCCUUGUAGGGCGACGGCGCAAAUGGCAGCAGAUCCCAUCUUCAAUCGAGUUCCUAGUUCUUCGACACUAUUUACCCGUGGACUUUUGCCGUGAAGAAGACGUUUUGAACCAAGUGUGCCAAAACACCCUCAGCGAACUCCUCAGACAGACUGUCGAAUUCGACAGUCCCCAGUCAGAAAUGACCUAUUUUGUCAGCCUGGAACCACUGGAGGCUGCCGUCGCAAACACCGCCUGCAGCCUAGACUCGACUCAGCCUGCGUCGUCAUCUCGCUUGACGCCGGACCAGCCAAGCCUCCCAACAAUUUACGCCCAAAAACGGCGAAAAAGAACUGGAACCCUUUUUUGUGUCGCUCCUCGUCGCUUUGUCGGAUCUCCCGAGCGCCUCUUUUGUUGA